AUGUGGACAGAUUCAAGUAUAGCUCUGCAAUGGAUAACUGGAGACGGUAAACAAGUAAAACAAAAUAUCAGCUCAAAAGUAAGCGAAAUUAACAAACUAACAAAUGUAUAUGACUGGCGUCAUUGUGAUGGCAAAUGUAAUCCAGCAGAUCUGUUAACUCGUGGUAUAAAAGCCAAACAAUUGAUGCAGUCAGAAUUAUGGAAAUGGGGUCCAUCAUGGCUUAUCAUGGAAACCAACGAAUGGAAUAUAAGCAAAAUUGAGGAUAGCGCAACUCUUAUCACAAAACAAUCUAUCAAUACUGAAUUGGAGAAGAUUGAUGAUUUGACUCUAGAGGAAUUAAAUAAAGCGGAAGUUUAUUGGAUUGGUUGUGCACAAAGUGAGUAUUUUUUGUCAGAAAUAAUAUCGUUGAAGAAAGGACAAAAAAUUGGAGCGGAAUCAAAAAUUUUACAAUUGAAUCCCGUUUUAAUAGAUGGGUUACUGCGACUUUCUUGUCGUUUACCAACGACUGAGUAUGAAAAUCUAAGCAAUCCAAUUAUAUUACCAAAGGAGUCAUAUUUAUCUAAGUUGAUUGUUUUGGAAGCGCACCAAAAGCUGCAUGGGAAAAAUGCAUCUGAAAACUGGACGGAUUUACCUAUCGAACGGGUCACUGUAUCCAAACCAUUUGUAACCACUGGCAUAGACUUUGCUGGUCCGUUAUAUAUAACUUCUACUGACAACAAAAAUGAUUUUAAAAAAGCGUAUAUAAUGUUGUUUACCUGUGCAGCAACUAGAGGAAUCCAUUUGGAGCUGGUAGCAGAUUUAACUGUUGAAAGCUGUAUAAACGCACUAAGAAAAUUUAUUGCAAGGCGUGGCACCCCCUCUAUUAUUAUAUCAGACAAUGCGAAAACUUUUAAAAGAAGUUGUAUGGAAGUGCAAAAGCUUGAACAACUAAUGGAGAAAACCAGAAUCAACCAAUUUGCUGUAGCCAAUGGCAUUAAGUGGAAGUUUAUUCCAGAACGUGCAGCGUGGUGGGGUGGAUUUUGGGAGCGGCUUGUACGAACUGUAAAAAACUGUUUAAAGGCAGCAAUUGGGAAAGCAAGGCUGACUUUUUAUGAAAUGGAUACUUUACUAACAGAAGUAAAAAGUGUGCGUUACUUAAAACGAUGGCAGGACGAAUACUUAACUCAAUUACGCUCAAUUCAUCUUAAUAAGUCUAAACCAACAAAAUCUAUAAAUAUUGGCGAUGUAGAUGUAGUAUUGGUCAAAGAUGAACAUCAAUCAAGACUUCUUUGGCGAAUGGCAGUGGUGGUAGCUACUUACAUUGGACGAGAUGGGCGUGCCAGAGCGUGCGAUGUCAGACUCAAAGACCAGAAAAUUAUGAGAAGACCUAUUCAACUACUAUAUCCGCUUGAAUUAAUAUGCGAUUCGCCGGGUCCCAGGAUGUAA